AUGUUUGAGCCAUCAGGCUCAGCAGCAACUGAUGCACAUCUUCGAUUGGUGCAGAAUGUCGAUUGGGCCACAACAUCAAUAGGUGCUAUUGAUGACUGGCCUUCAGAACUCUUGUUAUUGUUCCAUCUAAUCAUUCUCGAUCCACAACCUAGGUUACUUAUUCUCGGACCGGAUCAAUUGCUUCUGUACAACGAACCUUACGGCGAACUCGUCGGCGAGCGGCACCCAGCAGCUAUUGGACGACCCCUACAGAUAGUUUUUCCUGAAACUUACGAUUAUGCCGCGGAAAUUCUGGAAGAAGUCUCUACCACUGGCAGGGCUUCCAUCGAGAAGAACUUUUGCAUGCCGUUGAUGAGAAAUGGUCGUCUUCUAGAAAUCUACAUGUCCUGGGUCUUUGUACCAUUUCCCAAGAAAAGCUCACUGAUGGGAGCUUCGGUCAUUCUUCGCGAUGAAACGGAGAAACGUUUGUCGGAUAGAAGGCAUAUCACAUGUCAUAACCUGGGCCUUGCCCUCAAUCUGGCCACGGACAUGUCUAUGUUAUGGGAUAAUAUACUCGGGAGCUUGUCUGAGAGAGAACAUGAUUGCCCAUUUGCUCUUCUCUACGCGCCUGAAGUUGAUGCUAGAGGUGAUGAUGAGCUGGUGUUUCAGCUAAGAGGCUCGGUUGGAGAUUUUGCGAACAAUUCAGUGGUCACACAUGUUCUCAAUCUGAACGGCACCAGCAGCGAUCCUCUCAACAAACAUCUGAGCUUAGCCUUGACUACGGAAGAUCCAGUACUGCUGACCACAGAAGACGGUAGCCUUCCGGAAUCUUGGUCAAAGGCAGCGAAAAUCCGCGGAUGGGAAGAUACUUGUACAGAAGCCGUCAUUCUUCCUUUGCAAUCCAACCGGCACCACAAAGUCAGAGCUAUGCUAGUCUUAGGAGUCUCUACACGAUCAAACUACGAUACCGCGUACAAAAGCUGGAACGAAGAGUUAAGAAGAAUAACUGGAAGCACCAUUCAUUACCUCAGGCGAAAAGAGCUUGCGGCGCUGGAGAUUGCUCGAGGAGAAAAUAAGGCCAAGACUAUUAGCCGUCAGUACAGUCAUCUCGUCAAGGUUAUGGAGCUUAGUGAUGUCGGCAUCUUCAGUUGCGACAGGAAUGGCAACUUACUUGAAGCCAAUGAGUCUUGGUAUCGGCUUUCGACUGUUCCCAAGCAGAACGAACCAGUCCCUGCGUUCUCUUGGUUGGAAUCGGUUUACGAUGAGGACAAAGAUCUAGUCAUGUCUAACUGGCAUAGCAUGCUCCAGGGAAAACCGGUCACCUACCAGAUGAGAUGGAAGCAUCCUGACCGAUCAGAAGGAAGAUGGAUCCUGGCUGUAUGUCUCCCUGUGAUGGACGAACAUGGCAAGAUCAUCAGCAUUGCUGGAUGCACAACUGAUAUUGACGCUCAGAAGCGGGUCGAGAAAGAUGCUCUGCAAGCAUUGCAAGCCCUUGAGCGAGCGAGCGCCAGUGAGCAAAGAUUUCUUCGUUUCACCGCAAGCUCUCCAGUAGCCGUGCAUAUCAUAGAGAUGCCCAGCAAAGUGAUAAGCUUUUGCAAUAGUGCUUGGUUCGAAAUGUUGGGCAUCACUCCUGUGCCUAUCAGUCAGCUAGACUCUUCGUGGACGGACGGAAUUCUGGAACAGGACUUGCCAUUGCUACAAGACACGGUCCAACGUAUUUUGGCUACACGCGAACCUCAGACGACCCAGUUCAGAUUCCGUCGCAUGUUCAUCAGUGGUGACGGACAUCGGUACCAAUCUUGGGGUUCAUCAAUGUCACACGCAGAAUUGGACGAGCAUGGAGCAGUCAAGGCAAUCAUGACGACCACGACCGAUAUCUCGCAUUUGAAAUGGGCUGAAGAAAUUCAGAAAUCAAGAGUUGAAGAAGCCCUGGAGGCCAAGCGCCAAAACGAGGUGUUCAUUGAUAUGACUUCGCAAUUACUGACUCCUAUGCAGAUUAGAAAUCCCCUCGGCGCGGUCGUACAUUGUGCAGAUGCCAUAGACGAAUCUCUGGAAGAGAUGAGAUCUACCAUGGAGAAACUACAGUUUUCUGACGAAAAAGCAGGCCAGCGUCUACGUGAGUUGGUUGAAAGCAGUGCAGAAGCUGUCCAAACCAUCACGUCGUGUUCGAGCCAUCAGAAAAGAAUCGUCGAUGAUCUUUUGACCUUGUCUAAGCUCGACAGCAACCUUUUACAGAUAAACCAAUCUCCAGUUCGUGCCGCAAGUAUCCUGGAUGACAUGCAACGCAUAUUCGAGAUCGAGGCCGGACGCGCUCAUAUUGAAUUACGGAUCCAAGCCGAUCCUUCAAUCAAAGCCAUGAGCGUCGACAAUGUCAUGCUCGACACUGGCAGAGUGCAUCAGAUUCUGAUCAACUUGAUCACUAAUGCGUUGAAGUUCACAAAAGAUCGACCGAAACGAUGCGUCACCAUAACCAUGGGCGCUUCUAAGAUGCGACCUUCCGAUGGUGCGUUGUUGUCAACCAUCGACUUUGCACUGCCACAUACUCUAAGCGAUACCGUUCGUGAGUCCGAAGCGCUAUGUACAGGUCCAGAAACGUUUUUCAUCUGGUUUACCGUGUCAGACACGGGAAGAGGUAUCAAGCCAGAGGAAAAGACCAAGCUCUUUUCGCGCUUUCAACAGGCAUCGCCACGCACCUAUGCAAAGUAUGGUGGCUCAGGGCUUGGCCUGUUCAUCAGCAGAGAACUCGCAGAACUUCAAGGUGGCGAGAUAGGCAUCGCUACCGAACUUGAUGUUGGCUCAACCUUUGCAUUCUUCGUCAAGACACGGCCGGCCGCGGCACCAGCAGAACAACGCCUCAAGGACGAACUUGCAUUCCGUCCUCGUAGUGGAUCUACUCAGACAAGCUUCAGCAACGAAUCAGCACAAAUCCAUGUCCUAGUGGCCGAGGACAAUCAAGUCAAUCAGAAAGUACUCAAACGCCAGCUCACAAAUAAAGGCUACGUGGUCUGGACAGCAGACAAUGGUCAGGAGGCCAUCGACUUCUUGCGCCAAACCCGUUAUUGGAACAGGCCUGACAAAGGACAAGGACAGGAAAAAGACCUCCACGUCAUCCUCAUGGACACCGAAAUGCCCAUCAUGGAUGGCCUUACCGCUGCGAAGAAGAUUCGCGACAUGCAAAGGUCGGGUGAAUUGAAAGGGCACGUGCCUAUUCUUAGUGUCUCAGCGAAUGCGAGACCUGAACAGACCAGUAUGGCGAUAGCGGCUGGAAUGGAUGACUCCAUCAGCAAACCAUUCAGGAUUGCGGACUUGACCCCGAAGAUCGAUCGACUUGCUGAUCUAGCUCAUGCUAGCUAG